AUGGUUGACAUGCAAACGAACAAUGGCAAGUACGACGUCAUGACGGACGUCUACAAAACGGACCGAAACGAUAAUCCGAUCCACAACGCCAUGGAAAAGGCCAAGGAGGUCGCCAACGACACGAAACUUGUCGUGAGUUGUUUCUUCUGAAGAGGAAAGAAGGGUUUUUGCAUAAGUCAAAGAUAUUUUCAGUAAUUUUGAGCUUUCAUAAAUAGGAAAUCGGCUUUUCUACAGUGUUCUCAAGUUUCUUAUUUGUUCCAAGUUUUUUCAGAACAGCUUUUUUGAAAAUAAAUAUCUAGAGUCUUUAAGAAACAGUUGGUUUUCAAUUUUUGGUGAAAAAAAUAUUAUAUUUUUACUGUUCCAUGUUAUAGUUUAUCAAUAAUAGUUAUAGAUGUUGAAAUUUUUGGGUCAGUGUUAAUAUUUCCUAAUAAGAAUAAGAUGGAUUGAAACGUAUUUAUUGAACGAAUUCUACUUUUCUGAUGUUUUCAGGCCCGGGACCUGGCCGAAACGGCUUCGGAGAAGAUCAAGAACGUCGUCUACGGCGAAGGCGACAAGAAGGAUCCGCUGGAAAGCACUUCGCCUCAAUAA